AAAAAAUCAAAAGUUUCCCGAACUAUACGAUACCCCUCUAGACUCCCGCGAUUUUUCUUUCUUUUUGAUCUUUGGUUUUAUUUUAUUUUACUUUCUAUACCCUGACGAUCGCGUCUCCUCUCAUUUCCAACCCAAACAGCAAUCAUGGCCCCCGUGGUUCCCAACCCCGAGGCCGGCGUGGACGCGACCAUCCUGAACCUUCGCAAAGUGAUCACCGACGAGUCCGAACCUCUUGCUCGCCGAUUCCGCGCUCUGUUCUCCCUCAAGCACCUGGCGUGCCUGGAACCUGCGACCGAGAAUACCCUGCCCGCCAUCCAGGCCAUCGCUGCCGCCUUUACCUCGCAGUCCGCCCUGCUGAAGCACGAGCUGGCCUACUGCCUGGGCCAGACCCGCAACCCGGACUCCGUCGAGUACCUGCAGCAUGUCGUCAAGGAUACCCAGGAGGAUGCGAUGUGUCGCCACGAGGCCGCCGAGGCCCUGGGGGCGCUGGGCUACGACAACAGUCUGGAGAUGUUGAAGGCUCUUCGCGACGACGAGAAUGAGCUGGAUAUUAUUCGCGAGACUUGCGAUAUUGCCGUCGAUCGGAUUAUCUGGGAGAAUUCGGAGGAGAGACAGGCCGAGAAGUUGAAGCCUAGUGAUUUCACCUCCAUCGACCCGGCUCCCCCGCUUCCUCUGGCAUCUAGCCAACCCUCUAUCUCCGAGAUGGAGCAGACAUUGCUGGACACGAAACUCCCCUUGUUCCAAAGAUACCGCGCCAUGUUCGCUCUGCGCGAUCUGGCAUCGCCUCCCGACCUCCCCACGGCGGUCGAUGCCAUCCAGGCCCUGGCCAAGGGUCUCAAGGACCCCUCUGCCCUGUUCCGCCACGAGAUCGCAUUCGUUUUCGGCCAGCUGUGCCACCCGGCCUCCGUGCCUAGCCUGACGGACUGCCUCAGCGACCAGCAGGAGGCUGGUAUGGUGCGGCACGAGGCCGCCGAGGCCCUGGGUAGCUUGGGCGACGUCGAGGGUGUCGAGGAGACCUUGAAGAAGUUCGUGAACGAUCCUGAGCAGGUGGUGCGGGACAGCAUCAUCGUGGCUCUCGACAUGGCGGAAUAUGAGAAGAACGGAGAGAUCGAGUACGCGCUGGUGCCGGACUCGGCCCCGGCUGCCGUCCCGGCUGCAUGAUGGGUUUCUGUCUCCGCGAAAGAAAGGAUGGAGGGGAAUUACAGUGCCGGAGUGAUUUAAUGAAAAAUGCUUGCUUUCAUAGAUGUACAGUCGUAAAGUUAUAUGCUUUGCAAAAAAACGGAAAAGAAGAAAAUGGAGU